AUGGAUUAUAAAGGGACAAACCUGCACUUACUUGAAAACGGAAUUCUCAAUGACAUAUCAUUCGCUGCUGGAAAGAAAAGAACGAUUAUCCGUGCUCACAAGAUGAUCCUAGCAAGCAGGAGCCCUGUUUUCUUUUCCAUGUUCUGUGGGUUACUGAAAGAAACUUCAACUGUAGUGGACAUACCUGAUAUCAAUGCUGAUGUCUUUCGACUAUUUUUGAAGUAUUUAUAUACACGAUCGUGUGACACGAAUGAAAAAACAGUGACGUCUUUGCUUUACUGUGCGAAAAAAUAUGACGUCCCGUCACUGCAAAAGAUCUGCCGGGAUUUCCUUAGAAAAGCCAUAACUGUUCUGAAUGUAUGCACCGUUCUAGACGAGUCAUUACUCUUUCAAGAAGACCAGCUUAAAGAUGAGUGUAUUAAUUUUAUUUCUCAGAAUACAAUCGCCGUGCUCAAGACAAGAUCAUUUAAAAACCUUUCGUCGAAUACCGUCAAACUACUUCUUGAAGACGAUAUACUGAACUGCAAGGAAAUCCAUAUUUAUUCUGCAUUGAAGGCGUGGGGUGUGUGUGAAUGCAAACGAAAGGGAAAGAAUAUUCCAACAGCUGAAAAUAUACGUGACGAAAUCGGUGAGCUGGUCAAGUUGAUUCGAUUUCCAACAAUGAGUGUGGAAGAUUUUUCUAAAUUUGUUGCGAACGACUUUGUUUUAACACCAGAGGAAAAGCUGGCUUCCUAUCAAGACAUUGUUCUUGGCGAAAAGAUAUCUGGAUAUCCAACCAAAUCUAGACAAAAACCCACAACUCAGUAUAAGGUUAUGAGAUUCCGUUCCAUAACAACUCGGACCAGAUCAAUAGAAUUGCAAUAUAAUGUAAUUUUUUUACCGUUUCAAGAACAUGUACACUUCAUGGAGCGAUGCUCUUUCGACCAGCUACUUCAGGGAUGGCCACUGGCAAGUUUAUUGUGAAAGAAAAUGAAGAUAAUGUGUUAGUUCAAUCAGAUGUAUCUAUUGAGUUUGAGAUAGAAAAGACCACACUCGACCAUUUAUUCCCCCCAAUACGAUUGGAACCCGGGAAAGUGUACUGCGUUGAGCAUCAUACUAAACUGACUGGACACUGUGUAAACAUUUACUCUGGAACGGAUCAACAACCGAAUAUUAAUGCAGAUAAUGUCCUAGUAAAGUUUGAAAAUGUUAAAUUCAACGAGGGAACAAACAGCACAACACUGUCUACUGGCCAGAUCUUAGGACUGAUUAUCGGAGUAAAAAGGCUUAACCAAAGUUUAUAAUCAAGUCACAUCGCGGUUAAACCCAAAGUGUUGAUUUUUUUUGUAUAUAAAACAUUGUUAAAACCUGCUUUUGGUUUUCCAAACAAAUGACAAAGCUAUGACCUCGUUAAUACCUAUAUAAUGAAUUUUCCAACUGUCAUGAAUUUAAGAAUCGACAUGAUUUAAGUAAGGUUAAAGUAACGUAAAAGUGUAAAGUUGUUGGGUGUGUGUGUUAGUGUGUGCGUGUUUGUGUGUGUCUGGGCAAUCUUGACCACAGCGUAAUGUGAACAUUCUUUGAGGUAUUCACUUCAAACUUUAUAUACAGAUAUAUUUCAUUUAAUGUAAUUGCAGAGUAUAGAAACCAUGACUCAGUUUUGUUUUAAUUAUUGGCCUUUGUUAAUUUCUAAACUUAUAUUUUGUUUGAAACAUUAUGUAAGGUAUUGAAUUCAAACUUCGAAAACAGAUAAAUCUAAUUUUUUGUCAUAAGCAUAACUUGAUAAGACUCUGAGUUAUUGUAAAUUAUUUCUAAUGUUUACAUUAAUACGUUUUAAGCAAAAUAUCGUGUA